AUGAAGGCCUCGACUCUCGUCGCAGUCGCUGCUGCAGUGACUGCUGCGGUAGCCCAGCCUCGCCAGGUCCACCGCCAUCACCCUCUGCGCAACGAGAUCAAGCGCCAGGAUUUCGGAUCCGUAGUCUACGAGGCGGCUCCGAUUGCUACGAUUAUCGUCUACGUGUUGAAUGGUCAGCCUAUUUCUGAGCAAGAAGUUCGUCAAGGUAUCGCUAACGGCACGCUCAUGUGGGGGGACGAUGGUGUCCUUUCUACCUCUACCUCUUCCGUGUCUACACCUACUCCUAUCUCGCUUCCAGCACCAUCUGUCGAACUUCCAAAAACAUCUGCACAGCCGGAAAUUAUUGAAGAGCACCAUCCAGAAGUACCAUCCAAGACCGACCUUCCUUCUGCUCCUGCUGCGCAACCUGAGCCUGAACCUACUCCCGAGCCUUCAUCUAAGCCCGAGUCCCAGGCUCCACCUCCUCAGUUGAACGGGCUUGAAGGUGUCAACAGGCCGUUCCCUAACGGAGAGUUCUCGUGCGAUGCGUUUCCCAAGGGGUACGGCGCGCAGCCAGUGCAACAUGCUGGUCUCGGUGGCUGGAUUGGUAUUCAAGAUCCCCAGAUUGUAGACUCGGCGGGCUUCGACGACAUCACUACCACCCCUCACGGCACCUGUUCUGACGGUACUUGCUGCAAGGCCGGCGCAUUCUGUUCUUAUAGCUGUCCACCUGGUUACUUGAAAUCUUCUUGGCCAGAGCGGCAAGGCCUCAAAGGCCAAUCAAUCGGCGGUCUCUACUGCAAUCUCGACAACAAGCUCGAGUUGGCCACUGGCGCUAUCGCGAAGACACUCUGUGUUCGAGGUACCGAUAAGGUGACUAUCAAGGUACACAACAAGCUCAAGCGCAAACAGUCAACCUGCCGUACCGAUUAUCCUGGUUCCGAGUCAGAGACCGUCCCAAUCACCACCAACCCCGGAGAUUUUGCCGAACUGGCCUGCCCUGAGACCGAUACUUACUAUCACUGGAACGGAAAAUCGACCUCGGCUCAGUAUUACCUUAACAAUGGGGGCGUUGAAGAGAGUGAAGCGUGUCAAUGGGGCGACGGGUCCAAGCCUGUUGGCAACUUUGCUCCUGUGAAUCUCGGUGUCGGGUUCAGCAGUGCGGACCAAAAGGGCUAUAUCUCGCUCUUCCAAAACUCGCCGACUACAAAUGCUAAACUUGACUUCACCGUCGAACUUCAGGCAGAUGACAUGAACGGCAACUGCAAGUACUCGAACGGCGAGUUCCACUAUGGCGAGAACUACAGCAAGGUCGCCACUGGUGACAAUCGAGGUUGCACGGUUGCACUCAAUUCUGGCACACUCACGGUCGUUCUUACCGAGAACUAAGACACCAUUACUUCAGCCCUCACAAAACGGCUCACCCACUAUUUACGCGAUCGCCGCGCUACAUUUUGGUUCCUUCUUUCACACCCAGGUCGAUAAGUCUUGACAACAUGAUGAUCCUUCCACUACCACAUCAUGCCUCAUAACACUGCUGAGGUGUUGCUCGAUACAUUCCAUCCAGCAACGAACAAUUUCUCUUCCCAUGGAUAUCUACUAUUCAACCUUUCACGAUACCCGUUUACUACCCC